AUGCCAGUCCCGGCGCCCGGUGCAGGGACGGGGCGUGGCUUCUUCCCAGGCAAUCCGGAGAUGCUGCUGCUGCUGUUAGUGGGUGCCCUCCGCUGCAGCCGGCGGCUGGCCGGGUCUCAGGCUGCAGCAGAGGCCGGGCGCUCGCUGGGGAAGGAAUGCAUCUAUCUAUUCAGGCACCCGCACAAUAGUGGUACUACAGUGCCUUUGUACAGAUCCCAUCACAAGUGCUUAGUUAACAUGUGGAGGUUCCCUGCAGUGCUGAUAGUCGAUGGACGGCGGUACAUGCACGCAGAUGCACAGGGCAAUGGUUCCGAAAAUGCUACUUCCCUGAUGGGCAAGGAGCCUAGCUCCAAGGAAGAGGCUGCUUCUUCAGAGGACAAAGAUUCUGCUUUUGCCAUCCCUCCAACACUUCUCCCCCCCACAAACUGUUGCAUGAGUGGAUGCCACAACUGUGUGUGGAUUGCAUACACUGAAGAGCUUCUGAAGUAUUACCAGGACGGUGGAGAACAGGCAUUAGCAGCUGUGGACAAACACAUACAGGAUGAGAAUAUAAAAAUAAUCUUAAAGAUGGAGAUCAGAUUCCGCAUGAAGAAAGACUGAAACUUUUUAAAAAGAAAAACAACAACACUGGCAUAGCUGCAUACCUCACACCUGGUCUUGGGCCAUAACAAAUUCUGAAGGAAAAAUAUAUCCUGAUUGUUUAUUCUCCCUUCUGAAGUAGAAGGGGCAAGUCUAAUUUUAUACAGGAGUCCCAGCAUUAUUAAGCCUAUCGGGAUGAUAAUAUUCUGGUAAAAUUAAACUACCUGCUCUUAAAAAGAUGUCCUUAUCCUGUAUCCUAUGAUGAUGAUUAUGUUUAACUGUAUUUAUUAUUUAAUGAUGGAAAAAAUGCUGGUUUAAGAUUGGAGUUAAGGCUACCUCAGGUUGGCUGAUGAUAUAACAAGAGUGCCACUCAGUAGGAUGAUAAUGUUAUUUAUUAUGACUGUUCAAAGUGCUUAGCCUACAUUAUUUCAGUAAUCCUUAUCGCUGCCCUGUUACAUAGAUUGAGGAUGAGCCAUAAAAGUGAAUGGUUUCCAUUGUCCUCUACUUUUCCCCACAAAGGGCCUACAAUCAGCAAUGCUGCUAAGCAUACAGCAAAACAAUAUUGGUCAGGGAUGAGGGCUUGGCAGAUUUUGUCUCCGUUUCCAGCAGUGCUGCCAAUUGUAGCACUUACUUUCCCCCCUCAAUGAUAGGAAGAGCUUUUCUAGGCUUUUGUAGAAGAGAACUAGCACCCACAAAAGUGCAUGCCCCUUCUAGGCCAAAAGGGGCAACCAACUGGAAACCCAAUGUAUCAGAGGCAUCUAUUUCUGUGUAAUACAGUAUUAUUAUUGGGGAGCUGCCUAGCCAUGUGAUACAUGCAUAUACAGCACUGCCUAUGAUUGCGAACUGACCACAAAACAACUGGCAAAACUGGCUUUGUACCUUUAAGAUCACUGUUAACUGGCACAAAUCUGCCAGUGAACCUUUUUUGCAGAAUGGAUUAACAUUGUGCCUGCUGUUAAAGGAGCCAAUUAAAAAGAUGGCAUUCCUAAAAGAGAGAAAUUUCCAUUUGGCUGUGUUAAUUCCACUUAAUUCAGACCAGCCUUGCCUCAUUGGUAAAAAGCCACAAACCCCAUUUCAAAACAGAGAAGGAUCUUAUGCAAAGCUUUGCAUUUCCUCUUGCCCCUUCUAGAAAAGCAAACCACCGCCCUUGUCCUUGGUUUGCCUACCAGGAUAAUAUCACUUACGAUCCUUUCCUAACCCCCUUGCGCUAAAGGAUUUCUCAAGACAGCCUAACCACAGGUCACUUUAAUGGAACUGCUGAACCUUCCACGAAGUACAGCUAGCUAGACUUUAGUAAAUAGGAUUAAGCUACAUUCUGUUAAGUGAACACAGCUGGAUCACUUUGUGUAUCAACAUUUUUAAAAAAUGCUUAAUUUGGUGCAAGUGGCGUGGAACUCAUUGUACUGAAAUUCAUUGGUGGGAAUUCUUGCCUGUGAGAAAGAAGAACAUCAGAAGCCUUGAAUUCAUCAUGCCACCUUAUGUUUACACAGACAGCCCUUUGUUCAUGAUUAUUGCACGGAGUAUAGCUUCUUACUUUAAG